AUGACGGAACCCGCAUACGUCUCCAUCUCAGCCCGCAAAUACGAUCAAGUCAACUCUCUCAUCCCGGCCGAAUGGCGGUUAUCCGAUAAAUAUAUUCCCCGCGCAAUGCGCCUGUCGCCAUUGGACUCUGUACAUCAACUCCAUGAAUUCGAAGAGGAGUAUCCAACGAAUUUAUUAGAUGUUCCGAGACAAUGCGGGAUUUUAAAGGCAAAGGAAGUGCAGAUUACCGAAGGAUAUGAUGUUCAAGGAUUACUAAACGAGAUUGCAGAGAAGAGGUUGAGGGCUGAGGAGGUUGCCUUGGCGUUUUGCAAGAGAGCGGCAAUAGCGCAGCAAUUAACACGCUGCAUAACUGAGCCCUUAUUUACAUCCGCCCUACAGCAAGCGCGCAACCUAGACGCCCACCUCCUGCGUACAGGACAGCGUGUCGGGCCGCUCCACGGCCUCCCCAUCUCAGUAAAAGACACUUUCAACAUCACCGACGUCGAUUCUUCUCUCGGCGUCGCAGCACUAUGCUCAAAGCCCGCUGCCCAAGAUGCAUCUCUUGUCCACCUUCUUAACUCUCUAGGCGCAAUCAUAAUCGCCAAAACGAACAUCCCACAAACCCUGGGGUUACUGGACAGCGUGAACCACGUCUUUGGCCGCACUCUCAACCCUUCGAGUCCCAAACUGACGCCAGGCGGAAGUUCGGGUGGUGAAGGUGUCCUCGUCGCUAUGCGAGGGUCAAUGAUUGGGUUUGGCACGGAUGUCGGCGGGAGUAUACGUAUUCCUGCAAUGUGUAAUAAUAUCUAUGGCCUGAAGCCUAGUGUUGGUCGGGUGCCGUAUGAGGGCCAGACGGGGUUUGGGCUUAGAGGCAAUUCGGCGGUUGCGCUCAAGCCUGUGGCGGGGCCGAUUGCGAGGUCGGUGCAGGAUAUUGAUUUCGUGAUGAGGGAGGUUGCGCCGAGGGCGGAGAAGGUUGCGAAUGAUUGUAUUCCUGGCUACUGGCCUGCUCCUACGCAGCAGGAGAGGAAAGAAAAGAAGAACAAGUUGAGGGUCGGUAUUCUGCGCAACGACGGCCUUGUCACGCCUCUUCCUCCGAUCACCGAGAUAUUGGAGGAGGUCUCUCGAGUCCUCGCCAAUAGCAAGAUAGCUGAUAUCGAGGUGGUUGACGUACCCACCCCGGCAAUCAUGAAACAGUGUUUUGCGAAUGCAGGACGAUUGAUGAGCGUCGACGGCAGCGUUCCGAUGCUCGAUCUGAUUUCUUCGACGGACGAGCCGCUUGUGCCAUCGUUGAAGGGUACGAAGCGUCGGAAGCCGUAUACGGUCGAGAAACUGUGUGCACUGAAUGCGGAGCGCGAGGAGAUUGAGAUUGGGAUGCGGAAAGCCUUGUGGUCAUCAGGACAAGUCGAUGCAAUCAUAUUGCCAGUAGCAGCCCAUCCGGUUCCGCGACAUGAUCAGUACGGAUGCGUGUCGUAUACAAGCGCGUUUAAUUUACUUGACUACCCAGCUGGUGUUAUUCCGGUUCGGAAGAUGACGGAAGCAGAUCUCAGACUUGAGCUAGACGCUGGAGAAAAGGUAUUGUCGAAAUGGGAUGCGGAUAAUAAGAAACUAUGGCAGGGAGAUAGAUCAGUAUAUAUGAAUUCACCACUAUGUGUGCAGGUCAUUACGCCAAAGCUGCAUGACUAUGAGCUUUGUCAAGCUAUGGAGGUUAUUGACGGGGCGUUAAGAGAUUAUUAUGGGCGAAGUAAGGGUGGGAAGCCUAUGCUUUAG